CGGGGCUUUGGAAUGCCCCGCCCACGGGGCAAGGCCUAGUUGCAAGGCCCAGGGCGGUUUGUUGAGAGGGGCGGGCCUGAUUGGAGCCACAGGUGCCCAUGGAGAUCAGAAGGAGGUGUUGGGUCCCCUGGAGCUGGAGUUUCAUGAGUCAUCUGCAGCUGGAGAGGAAGAGCAGUCUCAGCUCUGUGACUUCCGGAGCUUAUGCCCUCCCUGGGACCACGGUGCCCAGGGCCCUGUGCCUUUAGGCAGCUUCUUGUCUGUAUCCCAGGGUUCAAAUUGUAGUGCACUCUGCACCUGCAGUUUUCCCAGAUCCGAUCCAGCCCUCCCUGAGGGCUAGUGACAGGUGACAUUAGUACUGCUCUUGAAUGGAGUUAGACCUUGAGGAUUUCUUGAGUCUCUCACCCUCAAGGCACCCUCAGGGCACCCUGAGGUCUGCCACCCAAGCAGUCAGAGGACCUCAGGACCGUGAGCUGGGCCCUGAGGAGUUGGAAGAGCUCCAGGCUGCCUUUGAGGAGUUUGACACUGACCAGGAUGGCUACAUCGGCCACCGGGAACUAGGUGACUGCAUGCGGACUCUGGGCUACAUGCCCACGGAGAUGGAGCUGCUCGAAGUGUCCCAGCACGUGAAGAUGCGCAUGGGGGGCUUUGUGGAUUUUGAAGAGUUUGUGGAACUGAUAAGCCCCAAACUGAGGGAGGAGACAGCUCACAUGCUGGGUGUGCGGGAGCUGCGGAUCGCCUUCCGAGAGUUUGACAAGGACAGAGAUGGACGGAUCACAGUGGCGGAGCUGCGGCAGGCAGCACCCGCUCUGCUGGGGGAACCACUAGAGGGCACUGAACUGGAUGAGAUGUUGAGAGACAUGGACCUCAAUGGCGAUGGCACUAUAGACUUUGACGGUGAGUCACCCCUACAGACAGACACCUCUCCCAUGCCUCUAGCACCUUGAACCUCCUCCAGUCCCUGACCUGGAUCGACCUUUCCUUUCCCUUCUCUCCUGCAGAGUUUGUAAUGAUGCUAUCUACAGGCUGAGGCACCUUCAGGGACAACAUACUGCCCCUGGGGGCCAAGACAGCAGCAGGAACCAGGCUAUGCAAGGGAGAGAUACCCCUCCCCUAACCCCUAGGGUACUUUACCUCUGACCACACCCGACUCCAGGGUCUGCCUGUGCUAUCUUCUCCUCCCACCCCCAAACUGUGGAGGGGAAAAAAAUUGAAGCUGGUUGCAGCUCUCACUGGAGAACAAGAUUUGAAUUUCUUUAGAUCCUGGAGUGGUAGGGGGCUCCCCUGCACCAUCUGCAUUCAAACAAAUGAGGCACAGUGCCCUGAGGGGGAUUCCUAGGAUGCAGUGAAUGGAGAGGGGGACUUGAUCACUUCCCACUACUUGUGUGUACAAAGUGUUGUUUUUGAAAAAUGAACUUGGGCCUGGUAAUGGCUUACCAGGUAAAAUUUUUGGUUCCCAAGCCUGAACUGGAUCCCUGAAGCUUGUGAGGUGGGAGAGAGCCAACUUCACAAAGUUGUUCUCUGGUAUGCUAACGUUCUAUCCCCCCACCCCCACCCCACUCCUACCAUGAAUAAAUAAAUAAAUGAAAAUUGAAUCUGAAUCUGUGUGUGGUGGCUCACACUAGUAAUCUCUGUAUAUAUAGGAGGCCCAGGCAAAAGGGGCAGAAGUUCCAACACCGAAAGAACCUGAGAGGAAGGGCUGGCCCAGAGCUCAGUGUUGGGCCUCAGGGGUGAGCAGGCGUCGGGGAAUUCAGUUCCAGACUGAAUUUUGGGCACCUAGAUUAUAACACUCACCAGGGACAGAGAUCCCAGGGGGAAGGCACGAGUCACCUACUUACAUUCCAAAGUCUGAAAAGGAACCGAGAAGAAGACUCAGGCAUGAGAGAGUGGCAGGGCUGAGGGUGACCGGUCAGGGCCUUGAGUGGAAAAAGUUUCUGCAGAGACAAAGGUGAUGAAGGGAAGUGAGGAAGGGUCAGGCCUUUCUGCACUUGUCCCUGUGACUUCAUUGAAGGUUAGCCUGGAAGAGAACAGAUACACAGUAUACCACUCAAUAACCCAGCGGAGGGGCAAGGAGGAAGCGAAGAAUUCUGAUUUAAAGUAGGAGGUUGGGAAAGAAAUAAGUUUUUUUUUUCUUUUGAGGUCUUGAACAACCUAUGUAGGCCAGGCUGUCCUGGAACUCACAGAGACCCUCCUUCUUCUGUUCCUCCCCUCAAAUUCUGGGAUUGAAGGCAAGUACCACCUACUAUAGCCACUAAGGAAAUCUUUAAGCCUAUCAGUGUGUCUCAAGAUAAAGAGAUACUGCUUAUAGUGUCCAUUUAGAGUUUUUGUUUCCACCAGUGGGGUGUGAUCAGUGUCAUCUGGAUUUGGUCAGUUAUCCAGCAAGAGGCAAGCUCUGGGUUGGAGUGUGACUUAGUGAUACAGAGUGAUACAGUGCCUGCCUGGUACUGGCAUGGUCCUGGGCUCAAGUGCAAAAAAAAAAAAAAAAAAAAAAAAGGAAAGAAAGAGAAAAG